AUGACAUCCACUAUAUGCGAAGAAUUGUCUAGUCUUUCAAUAAAAGAAAACGCAACAAUUGAGAAUCAAAGUUUUUUAAUAAAAGCGAAAGAAUGCGACGAAGAACGUUAUUUCAUGAAAGUUGCAAUGGUGGCCGCAAUGCGAAGCAAAGAUCCUGCAAAACAAGUUGGUUGUGUUAUAGCUGAUGAAAACCAUCGGGUAGUUUCAACAGGUUAUAACGGAUUUCCAAUAGGAUGUCAUGAUGAUGUUUUUCCAUGGACAAAAGAUGAUCCAGACGAAUUGAAGAACAAACACGCUUAUGUUGUACAUGCUGAAAUGAACGCUCUCGCAAAUAAGAGACGCCAUACACUUCACAAUUGCACAGUUUACGUCACUCUCUUUCCUUGUAAUUCUUGUACCAAACUUCUAAUCCAGUCUCGAGUCAAGCGAAUAGUCUACUAUGAAGAUCGUGAUACUUGGCAAUAUGUUGCUUCGAAAAAGAUGCUUGAUAUGGCCGGAAUCAAGUAUGAUCAAUACAUUCCAAGAAAUGAAACAGAAAUUAUUAAAUUAUAA